GGAGCACUCGUGUGGUGUGGUCUGCACUAUAUCAUGCAGGGCGCCGCACGAUCUUUUCGGUGAGGAUCUCGCUCUACAAGGGUCUCCUCCACUGUCUGCGAGCUCUGGAGAGGCCUGAAGCUUCGGUAAUUCGAGGGGUGGGCAGCGUCGCGUCCACCAAGAAGUGCUUGAUCCUGUUCUGCUCCAGCGCCGGGAGCAUCACCUUUUUUCGUCCGUUUCGGCACAACACACCGGCAACGAACAUGACUAUUUUGCAGUGUGCGCGUUAUCAGCCAAGCGCGGCGGGGCAGUGCGCCAAUGCUGGGGGUCGGAAUCUAGGGCAGUGAAAUCGUGGCCGAGGAGGUCCACAUGAGUGAGGGUGGAGCAACUCAUCAUGGCGUCUCGGAAGUCCUCCAGGGCGUCGACGUCAGCGUCACCCGACCCGAUGCCGUUGUCGGCCAGCGACAGGUACACCAGCGACCGGUUGCGGGCGAGCCCCGGCGACAGGGCCUUGGUCCCCUCCGCUUCUAGCCGGUUGCCCUGGCGGAGGAACCCCAAGCGGUGGAGCAGCGGCGUUUGCGGGGGUGCAGAAGGAGCAGUAGAUAGAUGGGGGGACUGUGGAAGAGACGUUUAUCACAUGUGUGUCAUUUUGCUCUCGUUUUUCACCAUGUACGAACCUGAAGUGGUGUCUGCGUCGUUCAGCGUAUGUAGCGCCCUUGCGUGAACG